AUGGAUCUUGCAACAGACUCAGCGGUAUCAGCCGUGGUUCCUCCUUGUCAACCGGACGGGGCCGCGAAAUCUCUUGCGAUGGCUGAAGAAACCAUCUCCUACCUGCUGAACACUCGUGGGUAUGACUUUGCAGGUGGUGGUGGCAGCGUCUUUGACUUAGGAGUUCUGACUGAGAGUUUUAGAGCGAGGCAGCACUCAAGAGGGAAUAACCCACGUUCUGUUCGGUCAGAGCGCCCGGACAUGCGCGGCCUGUCGCUCACUGCCGUCGGUUGUGACAUGGUACCCGCCGUCCUCCUCAAAGACUCGAACAAAGUCGGAGAGCGGAAGCUCGGGGGGCAAGAACCUGAAGCGCAGGAGGAGGGAGCAACAAGACGACUGUACGUUGCACAUCACAAUCCCGGUGAGCUCGUCUUGCAAGCUGAGCAGCACGUGGCUGGGUCAGGCCUUGUCCUCUCUGCGGAUGAAAUAUCGAAGCCGCUUCGAGCUGUUCAGCAGUGGGGAGAGCUCGAGCCUGGAUGUGGAAGACCAACGCAGUCAAAGCUCGCCAACCAGGGAUCACGUUUGCAGAACGGUCUUGAUGACACUUUUAUUAUGAGAUGUUCUCUUGACGCUUCUGCUCUGCAGGUGAUCACGAUCGUAGUGGUUGACAUGGGAAGAGAUUUUUUGUUCUACGAGCUCGGCGACCACCUGGGCCUUUAA